AUGGUGUCAUUGUACGAUACUGGAACCCGUUGUUGGUAUCCAGAUGAAAAACUUGGUUGGAUAGGUACCACUGUCAAAUCAAAUAAACAAGAUGGCAACAAAUAUAUUAUAGAGUUGGUUUCUGAGAAUGACGAUUCCGAAGUCUUUACUGUGGAAACUGACGACUUGUCCGAAGAAAAUCCAAAGUUACCGCCACUAAGAAACCCUCCUAUUUUGGAAGCUGCUGAGGAUUUGACAAGUUUAUCAUAUUUAAAUGAACCAGCUGUGUUGCAAGCGAUCAAAUUGCGUUAUUCACAGUUGAAUAUUUACACAUAUUCUGGUAUCGUUUUGAUUGCAACCAACCCUUUCCAAAGAGUAGAGCAAUUAUAUACACAAGAUAUUGUGCAAGCAUAUGCUGGUAAGAGAAGAGGAGAGUUGGAUCCCCAUCUUUUUGCCAUUGCCGAAGAUGCCUAUAGAUGUAUGAAAGCAGAAGGUGAAAAUCAAACCAUUGUUGUCUCUGGUGAAUCCGGGGCUGGUAAAACAGUGUCUGCGAAAUACAUUAUGAGAUACUUUGCAUCAGUCGAAGAAGAUUCUGAAUUACAACACAAUCUCGGGACAGAGCAUAAGACUGAUAUGUCUGAUGUUGAAAAGCAAAUUUUGGCAACUAAUCCUAUCAUGGAAGCCUUUGGUAAUGCCAAAACUACAAGAAACGACAACUCUUCCCGUUUUGGUAAAUAUUUGGAAAUUUUGUUUGACGACAAAACAUCGAUUAUUGGUGCUAGAAUCAGAACAUAUCUUUUAGAAAGAUCAAGAUUGGUUUUCCAACCUGAAACUGAAAGAAACUAUCAUAUCUUUUACCAAGUUUUGGCUGGUAUGAGUGAUAGCGAAAAGGAAAAAUUAGGGUUGACUACAGCUGAUGAUUACAAAUAUACCAAUCAAGGUGGCAUGCCAGUCAUUGAAGGUAUCGAUGAUGCCGAAGAAUUCAAAAUUACUAAAGAUGCCUUGUCUUUGAUUGGUAUCGAUGACGGUAAGCAAUGGGAGAUAUACAAAGUUUUAGCUGGUCUUUUGCAUAUUGGUAACAUAGACAUUGCUGCUACAAAGAACGAUGCUCAUUUAUCCGCAGAAGAACCAAGUUUGGUUAAAGCAUGUGAGUUAUUGGGCAUUGAUGCCACUGCUUUUGCCAAAUGGUGUGUUAAAAAACAAAUCACUACCAGAUCAGAAAAGAUUGUCAGUAAUUUGAACCACAAACAAGCUAUUGUUGCUAGAGAUUCUUUUGCCAAGUACAUUUAUUCUGCAUUAUUUGAUUGGUUGGUUGAUUAUGUCAACUCUGACUUGUGUCCAGAUGAUGUUGCUGCCAAAGUCAAAUCAUUUAUUGGUGUUUUGGAUAUCUAUGGUUUUGAACAUUUUGACAAAAACUCCUUUGAACAAUUCUGUAUCAACUAUGCUAACGAAAAAUUGCAACAAGAGUUCAAUCAACACGUUUUCAAAUUGGAACAAGAAGAAUAUAUCAAGGAACAAAUUGAAUGGUCAUUCAUUGAUUUCGCUGAUAAUCAACCAUGUAUUGAUUUGAUUGAGAAUAGAUUGGGUAUAUUGGCACUUUUGGAUGAAGAAUCCAGAUUACCAGCUGGUAAUGAUCAAUCUUGGAUUGAAAAGAUGUAUCAAAACUUGGACAAGGCACCAACAAACAAGGUUUUCAAGAAACCAAGAUUUGGACAAACUAAAUUCGUUGUUUCUCAUUAUGCGUUGGAUGUCACCUAUGAUAUUGAUGGUUUCAUUGAAAAGAACAGAGAUACUGUUGGUGAAGGUCAUCUUGAAGUUAUGAAGAACACUACCAACCCAUUAUUGCAAUCUAUUUUGGAAAUCAUUGACAAGAAUGCUGCUGCUUUAGAAGCUGCCAAGGCCGAAAGCAAGGCUCCAAGAGCUAAAAUGGCCAACAAGAAACCAACCUUGGGUUCCAUGUUUAAGAAUUCGUUGAUUGAGUUGAUGAAAACAAUUAAUUCCACAAACGUUCAUUAUAUUAGAUGUAUAAAGCCAAACGAACAAAAGAAAGCUUGGGAAUUUGAUGCAUUAAUGGUGUUGUCACAAUUGAGAGCUUGUGGUGUUUUGGAAACUAUUAGAAUUUCCUGUGCUGGUUUCCCAUCUAGAUGGACAUAUGUUGAAUUUGCUGAUAGAUACCAUAUCUUGGUUCCAUCUGAUGAUUGGAUUAAGGUUAUGAGUGGAGAAACUACUCAAGAAUCUGUCACUGAAUUGUGUAACCAAAUUUUGAAAGAAAACAUUGAAGAAAAGGAAAAAUACCAAUUAGGUAAUACAAAGAUUUUCUUCAAAGCUGGUAUGUUGGCUCAUUUUGAAAAAUUGAGAUCAGACAAAUUGUUCAAGUCUGCUGUUUUGAUUCAAAAGAAUAUGAGAAAGAGAUACUACAGAAAGAAAUAUCUCGAAACCAGAGAAUCUCAUAUAAAAUUGCAAGGUUUGAUUCGUGGUUACAUGACAAGAAAGACAAUCAAGGAAGAACAAGAAAGAAAUGCUGCUACAUUAAUUCAAACAUCCAUCAGAGGAUAUUUGGCAAGAAAACAAUUUGCUCAAACUCUUUUGUCGGUCAUUACUAUUCAAAAGUCUGUUAGAGGGUUGCAAGCAAGAAGAAACUACCACAAAUUGCGAGAAGAACGUGCUGCAGUUGUUAUUCAAAAGUCCUGGAAAGGUUACCAACAAAGAGCCGACUACAAGAAGACCAGACAUUCUACAGUGGUUAUUCAAUCCGCUUUCAGAAGACAAUAUGCUGUUCGUGAAUUGAAACAAUUGAAGGUUGAAGCUAAAUCCGUCAAGAAAUGGCAAGAAGGUACUUAUAAAUUGGAGAACAAGGUUAUUGAUUUGACUCAAACUUUGACCACUAAGAUCCAAGAAAACAAGGCAUUGAUGGUUGAAAUCACCAACUUGAAAGAAUUGUUAGAUCAACAGGGCCGUGCUCAUGAAACCUUGAAGACCCGUGAAGUUGAAUUCAAUGAGAAGUUUGAUUCCCAAAGUGUUGAACAUCAACAAGAAGUUGAAAACUUGAACCGUGAAUUACAAGCCAUCAAGGCUGAGUACACUUCCGCUGAAGCUAAGAUUGAAGAAUUGCACAAGGAACAAGCUGAAUUGAAGGAAGAAGUCAAGAGAACUAUCGAAGAAUUGACUCAAGCCAAGGAUGAUCUUGUCAAACGUGAUACCAUUGAAGUUGAUUUGAAGACUCACAUUGAGCAAUUGAAAUCUGAAAUUUCUCAAUUACAACAACAAAGAUUGGAAUCAAGAAAUGGAUCCGGUGCUACUCUCGUCAACAAUAAAUCCAGAACCGUUAACAAACGUCACAGCAGUGCUGUUGCUUGGAAUUCACCAAACUCCCUUGAUAACAACAAUAGACCAGUUUCAGUUAUUGCCGUUUCCAAUGAUGAAGACGCUAAUAUCGAUGAUAUCAAUGAUGAAUUAUUUAAAUUGUUGAGGGACUCUCGUCAAUUGCACCGUGAAAUUGUGGAUGGUUUGUUGAAAGGAUUAAAGAUUCCACCUUCUGGUAUUGGUGCUGAUUUGACCAGAAAAGAAGUUCUUUUCCCAUCAAGAAUCAUUAUUAUCAUUUUAUCCGAUAUGUGGAGAUUAGGAUUAACUAAAGAAAGUGAAGACUUCCUUGGUGAAGUUUUGUCUACUAUCCAGAAUAUUGUUUACACAUUGAAGGAUGAUGAUGCUAUUCCACAUGGUGCCUUCUGGUUGUCCAACACUCAUGAAUUGUAUUCAUUUGUCUCAUAUGCUCAACAUACUAUCAUUGCCAAUGAUAGUUUAGCUCAUGAAAUGAGUGAAGAAGAAUUUGAUGAAUAUUUGAAAUUGGUUGCUGUUGUUAAAGAAGACUUUGAAUCACUUUCUUAUAAUAUCUACAAUAUGUGGAUGAAGAAGAUGGAAAAAGAUUUGGAAAAGAAAGCUGUUUCUGCUGUUGUUUUGUCACAAGCAUUACCAGGAUUCAUGGCUCCGGAAACAUCUCCAUUCUUGGCUAAAGUUUUUUCACCAGGUGUUCAAUACAAGAUGGAUGAUAUCUUGAGUUUCUUCAACACAGUCUAUUGGGCUAUGAAAUCAUAUUUCAUUGAACCAGAAGUGAUAAAUGAAGUUAUUAUUGAAUUGUUGAGAUUUGUUGAUGCGUUGUGUUUCAAUGAUUUGAUUAUGAGAAGAAACUUUUUGUCAUGGAAGAGAGGUUUGCAAUUGAAUUAUAAUGUGACUAGAUUAGAAGAGUGGUGUAAAGGUCAUGAUAUAGAAGAAGGAUCCAAUUAUUUGAGUCAUUUAUUACAAGCAGCUAAAUUGUUACAAUUGAGAAAGAAUACUGCUGAUGAUAUAAGUAUCAUCUAUGAAAUUUGUUUUGCAUUGAAACCAAUUCAAAUUCAAAAGUUGAUUUCACAAUAUUAUGUUGCUGAUUAUGAAACACCGAUUGCUCCACAUGUCUUGCAAAUUGUUGCUGAUAAAGUUAAAGAAAGUGAUUCUAGUAAUGCUGAUGAUUUGUUUGAAUUGGUAUCUACUGACGGUCACUUUAAUGAUCCAUUUAGAAAUAUUGAAUUGAGACCAUUUUCAAGAGUUGAAGCUUACGUGCCAGCAUGGUUGAAUUUACCAGUUAUUAGAAGAAUUGUUGAAUUGGUCGCUAAGAAUGCAUCUGCACAAGAAACACAACAUUCUACUAUAGAGAAUGAAGUUAACGGAAAUUAA